GUGCUAGCGUGGUGGAGCUAUUUCAUGGUUCCAGUCAGUCUUCUCUCGGGGAAAACUAUAUCUGCUAGCAUCAUCGUUCGACGUUUUCCGACAGUUUUCCGACUCGCUGGGCGUGCAGUUUUCCGGUAGGCGUGCAAUUUUCCCGCGGGCGACGGUUGAGAAAAUUUAAAUUUUUGAGGUGCCUGGAAAUUUUGAAGGCCGGCUGCUCUUUCGUGAUAACACUGCCUGAUAACAACACUGAUUGUCAGUGAUUCAUAGCAGAUAGGUUCUCUGGCUGAACAAAUUGAAGCAGACAAGAUCUACCGGAGGCUGAUUGUGAGGAUCUCGUGGACUUCUGGGAGCUGAGUUGCAAUACCACCAAGCUGAAGCGAGGCAGAAAUGCUGGCAAACUUGAAAGUGCCUGCCUCAUUUCUAAAUCCGCACAUGGUACAGCCGGCUGCGGCAGCCGCUGCCCAGGCGCAGGCGCAGUUCCAGGCGGCCGCCCAGUUCCAGCAGCAGGCGGUGGCAGCCAAUGGCGCCCAGUCUGCCGCAACCGCCAACGGCACAGUGGCGGCCAACGGCCAGCCGACCUCUGCCGCCAACGGGGACCUCAAGGCCGACCAAGCCGCUGCUGCUGCGCAUGCGCAUCAUGCCGCAGCCGUGCAUCAGGCGGCUGUAGCGGCCCACGCACAUCACCAACAACAGCUGGCGGCGGUUGCCUUGUCUGCCGCCUCCAAGGAGGUGCCACCGCCUCCCUUCACACCUCCCACUGCCCCCCAGCCGCCACCGCAGCCACCCCAACAGCAGCCGCCCCAACCACCCAGCAAUGGCGGCACAGAUCAGCAUACCGUCUCUAUUCUGGGCAUUGAUGGAGUGAAGAGUGAACAGUUAGCCAACCACAGCAUUCAAACGGAACCGGAGCAAGGUGACGGAACGCAACAGAAUGGCGUCGGACCGCAGUCGGCGGCUGCAGCGGGGCUGCUGGCAGCUGUGGCCGCCCAGGGGGGCAUUCCGCAGGGCCCGCCCCAGGUCUCCACCACCCCCGAGGUGGCCAAGAACGGCGGGCAGGCCAAGCGGCUUCACGUCUCCAACAUACCUUUCCGCUUCAGGGACCCCGAUCUCAGGGCUAUGUUUGGCUGUGUCAAGUCCUGUGCAAAAACUAAUGCAGACUGUCUGCAGACUGUAGAUUGUCGGCAGACUCUUUGCAGACUGUUUAGACGACUGUCUGAAGAUUUUCUGGAGAAUAUCUGUGACAGUUUUUUUCAAUUGCAUGUUUUGUUUGUGUGCAUGCAGGGAUUCGGUUUUGUAACAUUCGCAAAUAGUUCGGAUGCAGACCAAGCACGAGAGCGACUCCAUGGCACCGUGGUUGAGGGUCGCAAAAUAGAGUGUAGAUAUUUCAACUCAAAAUUCCAAUAUUUUUGUAACAUUUUUGUGUUAUCUUCUGUUUCAGUUUGCGUGCAGUGGCCGGAGGCCGCGCUGCGCGGAGUGGCGAUCCAACGCGGACGCGCGCGUGCCGCCGCCGCAGCUGCCGCUUUCCCGGUGAGUGCCGCCGCCGCAGCCGCCGCAGCUGCCGCCGCUUUCGCCAGCGGCCGCCAUCACCCGCCGGCCGCAUCGCCGGUUGCCGCUGCCGCUUCGGCCAGUCAGCUGACGGCCGCCCUACAUGGAUACAGCGCUCCCUCUGUCUUCGAUGGCAUGUACUAUGAUCCUUUCCUUGCGGCUCAUGCAGCAACCGCUGACAACAACUACAGGUUACAGGCUGGAACAACAACAACAGAGGAGCCUGGUGUCGGUGUUCUAAUGGAUCCCAGUUUACCUCUCGUCAACAAGUCUAACCUAGAGGUAGCCGCCGCCGCGUCACCACUGCUGAAAGCAGCCGCGGGCGGUCCAGCUGCCGCAGCGGCAGCCGCGCAAGCACAAGUGCAAGCGGCUGCUCAGCAGCAGGCUAACUAUGCGGCUGCCGCCAACUAUACAGCGGUCGCUGCGCGCGCAUACUCCGCCGCUGCAGCUGCCGCACAACAACAGCCGGCUGCAGUCGCGCAGUACGCAGCUGUUGCCAGUUACGGCCGUGAAUAUGAACCUUACCUGGGGCACGGAAUUGGACCAGUGGCAGGAUACGGGGCAGCAGUUUACAGGAGCGGUUACAACCGAUUCGCACCUUAUUAAGUUGAUCAUCUCAGUUACUAAAAUUCUAGUAAUUACAAGACUUUGUUCAUGGAGGGAAGGGGGCAGAAAACAUCAGCAGGGCAGCUAUUGUACGUUGUUUGACGGUCGUUAAAUUGCUCAUUUAACGGUCGUUAAAACCUGAUCGGCGAUCUACUCUCAAAUAGUACAACUUGAAAUUUAACGGUAACUGAUACAACAGCUCAAACCUGCGUCUUAAUUUCAUUAGUAUCAGUUUGAAAAAAUUAUGAUAUACUGUUUGUUCAUAUAGUUAUUUUGUUUAGCUGUGAAUCGAUUUGUAGUGAUAAAAAUGAUGAUGACAAAUGUUUCGAUCAAAUUAGUGUUGGUUUAGAAUAAUAUUGAAUCUUUAUUAUUUGAUUUCUAGGGGUUGGUUGACGUAUUGCAUUAGUGAAUCUCUAUUGAAUUGUAGAAUAGUUGUAUUCAAAAAAUUUUGGAGCUUAUAGCCCUUCAAAAUUAUGAAUUUCAUUCUAAAUAUUAUUUUUUUGUAAGUUUUUUCUUCGAAAACUAAGCUUGAAACUUGAAAUGCUACAAAAUUGUGUUUUCACGGAUAUAUAAUAUAUUUAUUUUUGGUAUGCGACCAUAACAGUUUUUGAUCAAAUAUUUGCUUGUCAGUGAGUAGAUAAAAAAGUAGAUAAAAGAGAUUUUAUACUAAAACCGCACAAUAUAACUAAACGUUUUUUUUAACAAAAAUAUUUCCUUUUUUUAUUAAUUCUUACAAAUUUACUAGAGAAUUUAGAUUUCAAUAGCACAUGUUUUUUCAUUAGUAGAAAUCAAUUACCUAUAUGAAUGUAAUUCAGAUUUAAUAGAUUUUAAGCCUUGAAAUUUUUCAAUAGAUCGAAACUUUUACAUCUGCCUCUCAAUGUUGAAGACUUUAGUUACUUCACGUUAUAUUAGCACAAAUAUAUUCUAUUGAUUUAGUAUUAAAUCAUUUUAUCAUGUAAAUUAUUUGGUGCUCUUUCAAGUUUGUAAUGGCACAAUAUUUGGUUCUAUUUGACAAAAUGUAUACAACCAGUAGAACUAAAUUGUAACUUUUGUUAUUCAUUUUUUGAGUUUCGAUAACCCAUGUAUUAGUAGUUUUUUGAGAUGCGGUAUCAAACGUUCUGUGGGAGAUUUAUAAAUGUUCUAAAAAUAUAAUUAUUCUCGAUUUUAAUUUCUAUAACUUUUGAAUUUUUGAGUUGAUUUCACCAAUGUGUCAACUGACCCCUCUCACAGCUUACGAACAAUCCAUGAUGAUAUCAUUAAUUAAUUAUCAUUAAUCAUUGUUGUAAACUUAGUUUCUGUGCAUAUCGGUAACAAAUAAUGAUCUGAUGUGGACUGCUCCGUUUAUAUAUAAAAAUAUAUAUAAAUAAUGAUUAGUAUGGACUAUAUAUUGUAUAUAAUAAUGUCAAUUUCAAUAGUGUUAAGUGAGAUUCUCUUCCAUUGUUUAGUAGAUCUGGAGAGGGAUGUGAAAUUCUCUCCCACGAAAGUUACUAGUGAGCGGUGUCGAGAUGUGAAAUUCCCUCGUCAUUGUGGGUUAUAUUUAGUAAUUAUUAUAAAAAUAAGUGAAUAUUAUCACUUAUACGUUAAGUGAAUACAAUCAAGACGCUAAUUGUGAAAGUGAUACGCAAAUUAUUGUAUGAUACAGAUUAUUGACGUCGUGAAAAUUACACUUUUCAACUGUGUUUGAUAUCAGUUGUUUAAUUUACAAAAAAAUGUGGAUAACCUUUCCAGGGUAAAAAUCAUAUUAUAUUUUUGCUGGAACCAACUAUAAAUAUGUCAAGCGUGCAAUUUAUUUUGUGAUGGAAUAAUUUUUCAGAUGUAUCGAUACAAAAGUGCUUGCAUAAUAUCUUCAACACAAAGCCAAAAUCAGUUCCUAACAGGAAUAAACUGUAUCGAUACGCAAGUUUCCGCGUAUCAUUUGUCACAAUCGCGUCAAGUGUCCAAAAAGUAUGAUGUAAAGUUCGUUAAGUAAAAAGUCAACUGGUUUCGUUUUGUACUUUACACAGUGCUGCUUUGUAAAUUGCGAAAGUGAGAGAAGUGACAAUUUUUUUGAACAAUUUUUGAGGACAUAGAUUGAUGGAGGACGUGUGAGAUUAUCCAUUUUAUAAAAACACACCAUUACUAUAAAUAUAUAAUGAUAAUUGAUAUUGUACUGUAGUGUAGUUGUAAUUAUGAUUACUAUGUGAGCUGUCGUUAAUGAAGGCUGUAAAAUCGAUUUCAUUAUUGUUCACCGAAAUUUCUCAACUUUGUAACUGUCUGGGCAUUGAAAUCCUUUCUAUUGAGGGUUUCAUUUCAAACGAAUUGGAAAAAUGAUAACAGUCUCAUUCAACCAAAUUCUCUGAUUCUUUGAUAUUUUGAUAAAAAUAGUAAUGUUCUCAUACACUCUGAUCAACCCUAGCAUUUAAAUGCUAACACAAUCCUCGUUUAGGUAAAAUUUUGAUUACUUUAUUGUUACAAACUCAAUCUUUUGGUCUAAUCUUUCCAACAGGUAGUCUGUUUUCAACUACUCUACAUUUUGAUUUUUCCAAAAACUUGAUGAAAUUUCCAUAUUUUCCUACCACAAAUUUGCAACUCUUUCCUCCAAUUCAUAAUAUUGGUCUCUACAUAACUGUUGAGAGUCAUUCAUUCAAGUAAAUAGAUGGAUUUCCAGUUCUGGUUCAGUCGCAAAUUUAAGAAAUUUUGUAAAAAUAGUCUAUCGAUUGUACUGUCUUUACGAGCAUUCAUGACAAGACAAUUAGGCCAAACUGAUUUUAAGAAUCAAUAUUUGUUAUAGUUAGGUAUGUUUGAAUGGUGUACAAAGAAUAAUCAAUUGUAAUAAUUUCGUCGCUAAAUUUGAUUUACAAAUAUUUUUGUGUAACUCCGGUAGGCUAUAUUUGUGUUCUUAUUUUCUUGAAACAUAAACAUGUAGUAGCAAUUGGAAAUAGCGAUUUAUAGUAAAAACGAUAAUGUUCUCAUUUUUGUAAUAAUAUCAAUAAUAAUUUUUUCUGAGAGGCGUUUUCUGUAUUAAAAUCUCUAUUCUUGUAUUGAACUGAAUAAAGCAUAGUAAUUCAUACGAGAAUAAUUGAUACAUGGAUAAUAUUAAUAAGUGAGUACUUCUCAUAAUGUAAGAAACACCAAAUUUUAAGCAAGAUAAACCUGUUAUAGUGACUAUUAACAUAAAUGAUUACAAUUAUGUCAGUGUAGUAAUGAUUGCAUAAAUAGCAGUAAUGUAAAUGUAUGUAAUUGUCCCCCAUAGAUGAAUAAAUAAUCAAACAGUCCUUAGCACUUGUCUACUUUAUACACUAAAUUCAUUUCAAUUUUACACAUUUACACAGCGAUUCAUUUUUAAUCCACAACAUAUUUUCUAAAGACAUUAUGUACAUAUAUUUAUAUUCAGUGACAGUUCAAUAAAUAAUUAUGAUAAUCAAUUAUUAUUUUAAAAGGAAUUAGAUUCAAAGCAAUGUGUUUCACAAUAUUCAAAUAUUUUUCACUAAUACAAUAUUAGAAUGUAUCAUGCUAUGGAUGGUUGAUGAGUUGAGUUUCAUUUAAAGUUUAUCUUCUUGAUUAUUGAAUUCAUCAAUAUCAUUUAAUAAUGAAAAAAAACCAUAAAUCUCCCUCAUUCUUGUGUGUAGUUAAAUGUAUUCCCAAUAUUUCCUGAAUCCUAAUGUAUCUUUUUCAUGAAAGGUAUUGAAAAUGUGAGUGUGAGACCUAACUUCUUUCAGAUCAGAUAAAUGUGUCUUCGUUCCAAUUCUUUCAGAUCGCAUUUAGUUUCUCAAGAACCAAGUGCAAAAGAGGUCCUGUGUAUCCUAAUUUCACCCCACUUUUUAAAAUACUGUAAUUUUCAUAAAUCGAUGAAAUUUUCCAAUUAAAUAUCCAACUUUAAUCGCAAAUUCCUUAACCACGAAACCAAUAAACCUUAACCAAUAAACAAAUAUCUCGUAAAAACCCUAUCUGUUCAAUUAUAAAAUAUUCAAUUCUCUAUCCAAGUCAAUCUCAAUGUCAGUUAACGAAAAUAUAAAAAAAUGUCAUCCAACAACUUACAUAGAUUUACUUUACCACCAAAAUUUCAACAUACCUAAAAAAUAAGUUUAACUUCGAACAAAAAAUCAACACCUCAUUUUAGUUAUUUUUCCAAUACUUUAUGAUCUAAGUCAUUGUCUAUCUCUAGCAAUUUUUUCAAACCUAUUUUUGUAGACUCUUAUGCUACUACACUUGUUAGGCCGAUGAGUCGGCAACAUAAUUAUGCUAUCUAUGCUCUCUACAUAUUUUUUACGUAUGUGUUUCGUUCAUGAACAUUUUUACCUACAACAUACAAUACAACAUGUGUGAUUCGAUAUGUGUAGUUAUAUAUGAAUGUAUGCGUGUGUGUAUCUAUUUUUGUGAACCAUCUAUUUAGUUUUAGUUUGUUUAUUAAUUUAGUGAAAAAGAUCUAUUGUGGUAAUCAUUUGAAGUAAUCUAAGCAGGCGUUGCCAUCCAAACUCUAGAAUCCUAUAACAAUGUACUAGAAAAUAUAUUUUUAGUCUCCUUGAUUUUUUAAGUUUUCUUUCGGGAUAUAUGACUUGAUUUUUAUUAUUGGUGGUUGUCGAAUUCAUUUCUACUAAUUUUGUAGUAUCUGUAUCCAACGAUUAGUAUAUAAAUAAUUGACAAAUCUCCCAUUCUUUCAUCUUUCUUUAAGCCAUGUUCAAUCCUUAUCUAUUCUAAUAGGUUGAUCACUCUUACCAAAAAUAAAUAACGCAGGUACCGUAAUUUUUCCAAAUUAAUAAAUAUAUUAUUCAAAGUUCGUUCGUUGUACGGAUUGGAGAUCUUACAAAUAAUAGGAAAUUAUUUUAAAAAUUUAGUAAUAGAACUGGUUCAAGUUAUGUUGAAUCGAAUCAUUUCAAUUACAUUGUAUUCCAGUCUAUUAGUAGUACACUAUUACAUUUUUGUGGGCAUUAAAUUUCAAAAUAGAUAACAGUCUUUCAAUAAAAUCUCAAAAUCUACAGUAAAAAUCUCUAAAAUCAAGAAGGCUUCUUAAAGGAAUCCCAUCAAUUUUACUUAGAAUCUCAGUAUAGGCAAUAAAUUGUUAAAUAAUCAGUGUCUCAUUUAUAAUAUUUAGUUAUGUAUUAUUGAGCUUGAUAAACAAUUAAAAUAUUAGGUUUUUCAGAUUGUUACCAAACGAUCGUUUCAAAAUGUGUUCAAAGUUAUCAAUUAUUGUUAUGCUGCUUUUCAUCUAAGUAAAACACUCAAUCCUGAGAGCUAUGUAUGUAAUGCUCUACGAAUUAAAUUCUCAUUUUUAUGCUUAGUGAAGUAGAAUUUGUUAAAGGAUAUCAAUCUUGUUUUGAAAAAUAAGUUUUACCAUUUGAUAAAAAUAAAUUACCAUUUUUCAUAGGUUCUGAAAUUUUGAAUAGAUCUCGAACUAUGUGUACUCCAGUGUAUCUGCUAAUUUUAUAAAAUUUUCUUUCAAUUUUAUAACCAAUUAAUUAAGAUUAUUUUUGAAACUCGCUUCCAAGAAUGUAAUCUUCUUGUGAUUAUCAUAUCGAACGUCUUCCGUUUAGCACAAGAACUGUUCGUUUAUUUUGCACAAAAUUAUAGUUUUGCACAAAAAUAACAAUGUUAGCACAAUAUCUCUUCAAUCAGAAAAGUAUGAACAAAAAUGUUUUUGUAUAAUAUAAUUUAUAGAUAUAAUCCUUGUCAAUGUAUUUUGAUCAUUACAAAGUCCAAAUUUAAAAUACAAUAUUGAUUAGGUGAAAGCACUAUUGCUAAAUAAUGUUGCUUCUUUCUGACUUUCUGUAUCAUUUGGAAGAACAUUGUUUGGAUUUUUAAUCGUUUGAAGAAAAAUUUCAAGUAAAAUAAAUUACAGAAAACUUUUAAUGUCUAAAUAUUUUUUGCUAUUCCAUGUAUUAUUUCAAGUAGUAUUAAAAAAUAAUAUGAUACGGUUUUAUCUUUAGAAUUCAAUUUAUUUUAUUGGCACUUCAUUAGAAUAGACUAUAAAGUAGGUAGUGCUUUCAUCCAUAUCAAAAUUUACUGCGUGAAAUGGUGUUGCAGUAAAAUAAUUUUAAUUAAAAAACAAAAUGUGAUUUAUAAUACCGAACAAGUAAUUUUCUAGUUUGUUUGUUCAUAUUUCUAAUUAUUUAAACGUACAAUAAUUACUGGUAAACUAUGUAUCGAUGAAAAUUCUAUAACUACAAAAAAGCGUACACUAUUGCAAAAAAUUUAACAAAUUCUAGAAAGUAGGCUGCAUUGCGCUCAUUUAUGUGUUUUUAGAAUAAUUUUCUGUCGUAUUUUUUGCAAAUUCAUUGUGUAUAGUUUUUUGAGGAUGAAAGUUGUUCAAAUGGUGGUGCAUAUAAUAUAGUUCUGUUGACAAGAUGGCGGAAAAUCUGUACAAAUUUCUCUCUUUCAUCUGAUUGCCACAGUGUAAUGUAAAUGUAAUUAUUAUUGUAUUCCAAGGAUAAUUAAAAUAUUGAAAAGUGAA